UUAUUUUCAGAUCUGCUCGCCAAUCCAUGCUUCUACGCUUUAGGUAGCUCCAAUGGGGUCAUCAGCUCCAGUAUAACCAAAAACUACUCCAUGUACAAUUGCACGUGGAUUAUUACAGCACCAUCUAACCAUACUGUCAAGUUGACCUUUACCACAUUUAAUCUCUUUGAUUAUUUCACGAUCUUCAGGACCGAGAUUAAAGUCUUUGAUGGAAAAAGUAAGAACGAUACCUUGCUGGGUAUUUUUAGUGGAUCAAGACGCCCAUUCAUCGUACAAACAAGUGGUCAAUUUAUGAUGGUAACCUUUAAAAGGUAUCAUGAAGUGGCAUUUUUUAACUUCGAGGGAGUCUACUCUUCAAGCUCAGUAAAAGGUGAGCUAAAUGUACCAAGGAAACAAUUUAAAACUUUUCGAGGAAAACUCGAAGGGUGAAUUAUGAAACGACCUUUUUGGUUAGCAUAGUUAAGCCAUAUCUUAUGACUUUAUAAUCAUCAAGGAACUCUCAAUAAUAGCGUCCAAUUUCAGUAUAGGUGGAAGAAUGAAGAGUUUAUUUCUUACUUGACCUUGUAAGAGGGCCUCGUGAAAUGACUCCUAAUAUUUCGUACAGAAAUACCCUAUCUAUCAAUUCUUGUGUCUAGAAAGUUCCAUCACUGUUCUUUAAUUCGUGCUCACCGCAAUAAAAUAUCCGAGAUUAGAGCGGACAUAACGGACACUGAUAACGGAUAACGAACAUCCAGACCAUUGCUCUCCAAAAGCACAAAAGGAAUCCUAGGAUACAACUCAUUUACGUCGAGGUAUUGACAACUGAAUAAAGCAUUAAGGGUUUUUUUAACUUAGUUUGUCUUCUCAGAAUGUCUUUAAAAACCUCUGGUAAUAUACGGUUGUAAAUAAUAUUUUAAGUCGUAUUUCAAGGAAUAGUUUUUCUGUGGUAUAUCUCAGAAUCAAUUAAUGAAAGUUAAUGAAAUAACCUGUUUUUAGGUAAGAAAACAUUAGUGUAAAGCCUUUAAUCCUGACUAAGAAAAAACCUGCUAUUUUUGGAGAUAAUCAAAAUAUCGACUUGUCAACAUCCCGGUAUGAUCAACGUAUAGUUUUGGUUAUCAAGGCCUAGACUACGAGAAGCCUCUUUUUUAGUCUGUCGUGCAAAACGCGCGAGAGAAGAAAAUGGGCACGCGUGUGACUGAGCGCGUGAGAAGGCGAGGCGAGAAAAUUAUCCUUCAUGGUAAGGUGGUUUUCUUAUGGUGUAGAAGUAAAAGUCUACUCAAUGGUUUUAAGCUAAAUUAGGUCGUUUGACUUUCUUUCAUUUUAACCUGAUAUCACAACCGCGGGAGAUGCCUUUUGAGUAAAUUCGGUUUUCUUGCCUGAAGCUUACAUGUGUCCAGCUGCGUGGUUGUCAUAGGUGCAAGCUAACAUUCUUUCAAUCUCGACCCCAGAGCUCUUCUGCGCAUGACGGCCCGGAAGGGAAGAGCUCUGAGAAACCCUGGAGCAAGACCGUUACUGAUUGGUUUCAAUACAAAACAAUAAAGGUGUUUCUGAUUGGUCCUUUAACGUUUGUGGGAAAGCGGGUGAACUUGCGGCGUGCUUAACGCAUGAGCGGUUUUUUCCUGGAAAUGUUGAAGUAAACACGCCCGGCUGACUCUCGUUCUCAGCGAUUCCAAAGCAACAUCUGUGCGACUAUUUUUUGAUAGAAUAACUAGAUUCAUCAAUUUUUAAAUAAAAUGCGUCGGCUACAUCUCAAAAAUUGACCAACAAAAAGACUUUAUUGUGAAAAAUCAGUGGCGAAUCCAGACCUUCAGAUAAGGAGGGGGUGGGGGGGGGGGCGGUCAUCCAGACUCUGAGAUAAGAGGGGGGCCCAGUCUCCAAAAAAAAUUUUUUAGGCCCUAUGGGCCUCAUUUUGGUCGAAAAAUAACGGGGGAGGGGCCGGGACCCCCGGGCCCCUCCUCUGGAUCCGCCACUGGAAAUUAAAUGGCGAGCAACGACACAUUACAAGUAUACAUGAAAACAUUAGCUUCACCUGGUAAAUUGUCAAAAAACAGACUUGCAAGUAAAAGGUAAAUAGAAUAUAUAAAUAUAUCGGUGAUGCUUGUCAGAAGAAUAUAUGCUUCUGUGCGUGUACAAUGCCACUAGAAUAGACCUGCAUAAUUAUAGUUGUAUUCGUUUCCCACAAUAUCACAUUUCAAAGUAGCUUUACUGAAACGUUUUUAGGCUGAUUUAGCAACAGAACGGAAACGUCAUUUGACGACGGCGCGUGCAAAUCAAACAAACGACUUGACCAAUGGCAAAGCGAGAAAUUGGGAACCGGAAGUCGAGUUUACUCCUUUUCGCGCGCUUUCCCGUCGUCCAAUGACGUUCCCGUUCUGUUGCUAAAUCAGUCUAAUAUGCAUGAACAAACAAAUAAAAGAUACGAUUAAUUCAUAAUAUGGAUAAUUUUAUUGGAAUAAUCAUACGUUUAUCUUUACAAGCCAUUCGGGUUUCACUUACCGCCUCGUCAAGUGGUCCACGCAAAUAUAAUCGACUGUCGAGCAUAUGCAAAUUUCAAAUCUCAAAUCUUUGAAUGUUAAGCGUUAAUUUUUCAGUAGUUAAGGGGUUAAGUACCUCAAAAAUUCUUGAAAGGCAUCCUUUCUUCAGUUAUAAUUUCGAAGGAGCACAACACUUUGCAAUGAAGUAGAUGUAGAGUACACUCGAAGCAAAGUUUGUUAGAUAGAAGAGCAUGCGCUGUGGGGCCCAAAUAGAAUGAAUAGAUAUUGGCUAUGCCGGCGCAGAGUUUCCCAGACCUUAUGCACGGAGUCAGAAGCGUAAGCACUGGGGUCGAGAAUGAAUAGCGGACCGUCCGAGCGUGCGGAGCGAAACCUAAGACCUGAAGAAAAUAGGCCACUUCCGAGUUCCAAAAACCCUCACUUUCAAAAUGAGGCUAGGUGAACAACCUUUCUUGUGAAAAUGAGUUUUAUUUGCAAGAGAAUAAAAAAUGAUUUCUAUAUCAAAGGCUGAGCACCUACCCUCGUUUUGAAACAGAGGCCCGGGGAAACUCGGAAAUGGCCCAUUGGGGAAACCUAUGGAUCCGAGAAAAUUUAGUUAUGACGUCAGCGUACCAUCGAACGCCGACCGUCUAUACAGACUCUGAGGGUAGGUGUAAAAAAAAAACUCAGUAGGGUGGGAAAGCGUUUCGUUUUGGCCCAAAAUCAACCAUUUUUAUGUUCAACCAACGUGUUUGCUCGAGUAAAAAAUCCAGAUUGAUUUUUCUUGAGCUCAACUGAUGACAAAAUUUUGAGGACGAAAUUUCUAAGGCGUUGCUUUUUGCUUGAUCACGCUUUUGGUCACGCUCCAGGAGCAACCUAGUCUCUCCCGUCCCACCCCUGGUCAAAAGUUGGACAGUUGAAUUAAUGGGGGAAAACUGAUGAAGCAUCUAGAAAUUUGUUCGCCGACAGACUACUUGCCAGCGACUGAAGCCUUUUUGUCAUUUCACUUACCUACUGUUUUAAAAUUAUCGUGUUCUUAAUGGUAGAGCUACCACAGAAUGAAAUAAUAAAUAGAUUUAGCCAGGGCUAAAAGCGAAUCUCUCGUUACUAUACUUAUAUAUGCAGUUUACUCACAAAAUCGUGUAAUGCUAAACGGCGACGGCAUUGAGAACGGCAAAAACAACAACAACAACAACAACAACAAUAAUAGCAACAACAAUAGGUCUAAUUAGCAAAAAAACAACUUUGCACGUGAAAACACUUUUUUGUAUAUUUCUUUGCCGUUGUUGUUCUACCACUUUAACUUGAAACUUUCUAUGUUUUCGCUUUCUUUUUCACUGCCGCUCAUUUUCACCUUACUGGCCGCUAACAUUUCUCAUUUUCUCACCACGGUUAUAAUUCUUUUGUUGUAAAUCAGGGGCGUAAUUAUUUAACAAUUAAUGAAUGAGGCUGAGUAUCGUAUGACGAAUUAUGGAGAUCGAGGAGGGUGUUAUCCGUCCCCAGGUCUUCUCGGUUAACGGUGCCUUAACCUGCACGAACGCUGCAUUUGUGACGUCAUUUCCUCGUUAAACACAAAAUUCUUCCAAAUUUGGUGAUCAGAAAUUGGUUAUGGUGAGUUAUGCGUGUGCUUUUAGCCAAUCAGAAUCGUGGAAAUAUUUUGAAUGAAUAAUAAUAUUAAUUGAUGUCAUGACAUGUAUUAAAGACUUCAGUCCGAGAGACGAUUUCAAUGGCCUCGCGUUAAUAUUAUACACCAGCUUAAAUUAAUUUUUUGGUCGCAAAUGGAGAGAAAAAUUUUUAAGAAAAUACCCAGUUCUGGUGAUGGCCAGAAAACGUAAGGGUAAUCAGCUACAGUCCUGCUUUGAGGCUCGUUUAUCCUUUUUAACGCCAAGCCCGCUAAAAAACAAACUAACAAACACAAAGAAAACACAAGUCUUCAGAAGCAUUUCAGUCACUCUGACUUGCUGUCUUGAAUAAAAAGCAUGGCGUGUGAUUUGCGCCUGUGUUUACAAAUUAACUCUUUUUUUCAUUCUCACCGAAAAGCAAUUCUUCGAUUAUUUUACCGACAGACAUCGUAACUUUGCCAAAAUGACUUAGCCUUUUUGUAAUAUAUAUAUUGUUAUUACGUUCUUUUUGCUGUUGCGUUGAUAAUUGUAGUUGAAGUCUAGCGCACAUUUAACGGAAUUAAAAUACACAACACGCAAAGGGGAGUUUGACUUUGUAGACUGCAAAAUUAGUUUGAGGUGUUAACCGCUAGGUCACAUACGCCACUGAAUUUUCUAAAGCAUGUUCUACACAGCGUUAAGUAUCUCACCUGGUCUCCGUAAUAAUUCUUUCUCGAAGGCAAGACGUAAUGAGUUUGCCCAUGUUCCUUGUCAAUUAUUUUAACACAACGGAUGUCUCCAAAAGUCAGUCACUCAUUUCAUAGGGAAAAGCAUAACUUUCUUCGCCAUUAAAGACGAGCAUUUCUUAUUUCAAUUUAUAGAUAUGCCGAAGAUAAGGAUUCUGUUGUCAGUGGUACGUAGUGUACCAAAGCAUUAUACCUGGUUCAUGGUGGAAGGCACCCCACCCAUUCAAGCUAGGUUAGCCAACUCAUCUACACGUUUGGACGGUGGAGCAGUGGUAAAACGACUUAAAUUCACUCAGACGGGAAACUACACAAUUCUGGCCAAAAAUGAUGCAGGAAAUAGCUCCAAAACGGUGGACGUUAACGUCAUGGGUAGGGUUUUGUCUCAAGUUAACAUGUUAAUAUGUCGAACCAUAUUUCAGCACUACCCUGUGAUACCUGUGUUAUUUUUUGCUCAUAUUCAGCGUCUUUCCUGAUCGAACGAGUCAACUGUGUUGCUUUUGAACUGAACGCACUGAUGGUGUAUUUUUUCAAAGCAGAGAAGACGUUUUCAACAUAGUAGUUUAUAGCGUAAUUUAAUAAACACAUUUUGUUUAAAAUUCUGCCCUUGCUUUUCACUUGUCGCUAUUUACCUGAGACAAGGUGCAUUGACCUCGCAGAUUGCAGGCAUUUAUGUCGAAGCAGGGGUUUUAUGAAUGGUGCUGGGCAAGUAACCAACGAUCAUGACUGCAGUGGAGGCAAUGCUACAUAUAUUUGGAAGUGUAUACCAACAACAACUACUAAUUUGUAA